CAAUGUGGUAAUGAUUACAACACUCUCUUCGAGAUAUCUUAUAUACAAAUACGUAAAAGCUAUUUGUUACUGCAAAACUAAUUCAAUAAAGAAGUGGACAUAAUGGAGAAGCAAAAAAUACCUAAGGAAAUAAAGUGUACACGAGAAGAGGAAAAAUCAGUGAUGCCUGUGUCGCAGCCAGUGCGUGCUAAGAGUUUGUUACGGGCAAACUUAGAAAACUCUCGCGGGAGAUUACUCUGUAGCAGAAUGCCCAAUAUUAAGGUAUUCAGUGGGACAUCUCAUCCUGAUCUUGCCCAAAGAAUUGUUGACAGGCUCGGAAUCGACAUUGGAAAAGUUGUCACGAAGAAGUUCAGCAACCUCGAGACAUGUGUAGAAAUAGGAGAAUCUGUCAGAGGAGAAGAUGUGUACAUUGUACAAAGUGGAAGUGGAGAAGUAAAUGAUAAUUUGAUGGAGCUCUUAAUUAUGAUCAAUGCUUGUAAAAUAGCAUCUGCAUCCAGAGUAACUGCGGUCAUUCCAUGUUUCCCAUAUGCAAGGCAGGAUAAAAAGGAUAAGGGAGGCGAUGGUGGUGACAAGACAAAUUCCAAUAAGAGUCAUAUUGUCAUGAAGUCAAACGAAUGGAAAUUCAGGAGUAGAGCACCGAUCUCAGCAAAAUUAGUGGCGAAUAUGCUGUCAGUGGCAGGGGCUGAUCAUAUAAUUACCAUGGAUCUACAUGCUAGUCAAAUACAAGGUUUCUUUGACAUUCCAGUGGACAAUUUAUUUGCUGAACCAGCCGUUUUAAAAUGGAUAAAAGAAAAUAUUGCAGAAUGGCGAAAUAGUAUUAUAGUUUCUCCAGAUGCAGGUGGUGCCAAAAGGGUAACGUCUAUUGCAGAUCGACUCAAUGUUGAAUUUGCACUUAUUCACAAAGAAAGAAAAAAGGCAAAUGAAGUAGCAAGUAUGGUACUAGUGGGUGAUGUUAAGGAUAGAGUAGCAAUACUAGUUGAUGAUAUGGCUGAUACAUGCGGUACAAUAUGUCAUGCUGCAGAAAAACUUUUAGAGGCUGGUGCCACGAAAGUUUAUGCAAUUCUUACACAUGGAAUUUUUAGUGGACCAGCGAUUAGUAGAAUCAAUAAUGCAUGUUUCGAGGCGGUCGUAGUAACUAAUACUAUUCCUCAGGAUGAACAUAUGAAAGAUUGCCCGAAAAUACAGUGUAUCGACGUAUCGAUGAUGUUUGCUGAAGCUGUAAGAAGGACCCACAAUGGUGAAUCUGUAUCGUACCUGUUCUCUAACGUGCCAUACUAGGUUAAAAAUUAGAACAUACUCUCCUAAGCUGAAUGAGUAAAAAGAAUGUAGUCUUUUUACACUUGUUUAUUAUUAUUCUUAGUUUAGUCAAAAGACAUUGCCUUUAUUGGCUAACGAGAGAAUAGUAUUUUUAAAUUUAUUAAAUCAUUUUUUUGUUUGUUUUUUUUUUUGUUGGUUUUUUUUUUUUUUUUUUUUUUUUAGACAAUCAUUAGUAGAAAUAUAAUAUCUACUUUUAUUAUGUCAGAGUUUUCAGAAGGUAUGUUCGUAGCCAUUAGAUUAAUAAGUAGAUCUUUUGUGAUCUAAUUGUGUGUUAUUAUAUGUCUGCUAGAGGAUAAGAAAAUGCAUAAGAAUCACUCCGAUAAUAAUGUCUGAUUUAAACAAUCAGUAAAUAACAUAUAUUGACUUCAUUAUGCGAACUUUAAUUUACAUAAUAGCAUUUAUAAAUGCCUCAGAAUGAAAUCAACAUAAUAUAAAAAUAUGUGCUUUUACAAAAGAUAGUUUAUAGUACUCAUUUGUAUUGAUUUUACUUUUACAAAGAUUUGAGUACGAAUGUCUAAAACAAGAGCUGAUAUUUUCAUUAGUUCUAAUAUGUGCUCUAGAUUAUUAUAAGAAUUUUACGAUGGAUAAUUAAUAA